AUGAAUACCCGCCAAUCUAUCGAUGAGUCCACUGGGCCAUAUUCACUCUCAGCGACAUUUAAUCAUGAUAACACCUGCUUCUCAGUGGGCCUGGACACAGGAUUUUGUGAUUUCAACGCAGGCAUUGGGUUAGCGGAAAUGCUUGGCCAGUCGAACUACUUGGCCAUUGUGGGGGGUGGAAAAAACCCCAAGUUCCCACAGAACAAGUUAGUCAUAUGGGACGAUGCCAAACAGAAAGCGGCCAUCACACUUGAAUUUCGCACCUCCGUCCUCGGUGUCCGUCUCUCCAAAUCAAAAAUCGUCGCUGUUUUAUUGAACAGUGUCCAUGUCUUUGCAUUCUCCAACUCUCCCCAGAAACUUUCGGUCUUUGAGACCACCGACAACUCUUUGGGGCUGGCCUGUCUCGAUGACAAGGUGCUGGCCUUCCCUGGUCGGUCUCCGGGCCAGGUCCAAAUGAUAGAGCUGGAGACCGGCAACAUCAGCAUCAUACCGGCACAUAGCACACCGUUGCGGGCUAUGGCCCUGAGUGCCGAUGGGAACUUGCUGGCGACUGCGAGUGAGGCCGUAAGUUCUCUUAGGCUGCGACCAUCUAUGUGUGGGUUAUUGACAUCUAUACAGGGGACUUUGGUUCGUAUAUUUGCUACGGGGAAUUGCACGAAACUUGCAGAAUUGCGACGUGGUGUUGACCACGCAGUGGUAUUCUCAAUUUCCUUUUCGCCGUCCAGUACUUUGCUGGCAGUAACAUCUGACAAAUCGACCCUCCAUAUCUUUGAUAUCCCCCACCAGCAACCUGCCGCUCGUCGCAGUCAGUCACCGUCACCGGCAUCCGAGGAAACAACUUCUAGCCACAAAUGGGGAAUCCUUGGCAAGAUUCCCCUGCUCCCUCGUGUUUUCUCGGAUGUUUAUUCGUUUGCCAACGCACAUUUUGAGAUUGGCGAGCAAGCUAACCUGGGCUCACCGCAUGUGCCACCGAUCGGGUCAUCAUAUGGUAGGCCGCAAAAAGGCCUCGUAGGCUGGUGCGAUGACCAAACUCUGUUGGUAAUCGGAUCUGGAAAAGAAGGGCGCUGGGAGAGAUUUGUGAUUCGAGAUGGUGAGGAAGGCAAGAGAUAUUGUGUGCGGGAUGGCUGGAAAAGAUAUCUCGGGUGA